CUCAGAUUACAGACCAUGAGCGUCUCAUCUAGUGCGCAUACUCAUAUGAAGAAUUCCAGAUGUGGACAUCGUCUCUGUCAGGUCAGUCAUACCUUCGGAGUGGACAGAAGCUAUCUAUCAUGUUAGCCUUCGCCCUUGGUCUGUUUUUAUUGCCGCUCUGCGGUGCGGUCUACACGGGACCUUUGCUCCCUGAAAUGUCCAACGGGACAUUUCACCACUUCUUCGUCCCGGACGGUGAUUACGAGGAGACCGAAGACCCGGAAAAAUGCCAGAUGCUUUUCAAAUGGAUCGACCGCAGACCGUGUCCAGUAGAGGAAGACCGGGACUCGGUCAUUCGAGAGGAUUUUAUCAUCGUUAAACAACAGAUCGAAGACGCAGCGCGCGUUUUGGAAAGCAUUGGGAAGAGUAUUUCCUACGACCUGGACGGCGAGGACAGUUACGGGAAAUACCUGAAGAGGGAGAUUGUGCAAAUCAGUGAGGCAUUUACAAACGUGGAGAAAUCUCUUCUGGAGUUGGAGACGAAAUUCAAGCAAAGCCAGGAGACUGGGCAAAGAGAGGAGAAUGAAUUCACCAAUAACUUCAUCAACCCCAUGUAUAAUGUGAAGGACACUCUACAGGAAACUCUGGACAUCUCGUCCGGACUCAAGGAUAAACAAGAACUCAUCUCUCUGAUCAUUCGGAGUCAUGGAUCGAGGUUAAGCCGGCUGAAAAAUGACUACCUGAAUGUUUAGAAUCACAGUCAUUCUGGACAGACUACAGUCCAAGUUGGAUUGUUAUUACAAGAAUCUAGUAAAAAAAAAAAAAAAAAUCCCAAGCAUGAAACUCUUUUGUGGUUUUGAGUAAUGAAGGUUCAUUCACUCUUAAAAAUAAAGAAAUCUCAAUAGUAUAGAACCAUUUUGGUUUAGAGUUUCUUUGAAUAUAAAAAAAAGUUAUUCAUGCUUUAUUAAGGGUUCAUCAAUCUUUUAAAGCGCAAGUACAAAAGUUCAGUGUUGUCAUCUGCUUAAAAAGUUUUUAAGACUAAUUCGAACCUUUAAAAAAUUCUGAAUUCUGAAAUUUUCUGAAUAUUUCUGUUUUGCAGUUUUUGUCUCUGGGCAUGCAUGCAAACAAGAUUUUUGUUAAAAUGUGUAUGCCUUUUUUGAUUAGUUGUAUAAAAGAAUAAACUUAGAUACCAAUCAGUCACAUUUUAGUUAAUGUAAAAAAUGUCAGGUAAACUAAAAUGUGCUUCAUGAGGUGUAACAUCUAAAUUAACUGGUUUUAUUCAAGUCAAAAAUAUUAUUUAAUAAGAUUUAAUUAAUUAAUAAAGUCAUUUUUUAACAUCA